CUUCUUUUGCUUGUCAAUGUCUAUAAGUCCCAAGGAUGAGUAUCAAUGGCUUUCCUUGAGAUGUAGCUGUUGGUUGAUCGAUCUGCUGCAGUUUACACUGGCGGUGCAGGGAUUGCUAAUAUCGGCAUUGGAUUUGGCAUUGGUUCAACUCCGGGAGAUCUUAUUAGGGCUUACUGGGUCUGUUGGUUGACAAAAUUCACUACGUCCAAAAGCUUAAAAGUUGGAAACCAGCCAUGGCACCCUUAAUUUCAAGAAUGGGCCUUCCGGAAUUUCGGAUAAGAUGAAGGAUUAUAUAGCUUAGGUGUAAGGGUUUAUAGCCACUAAACUUAUUUCUGUGUGUAAGGUGGGAAGGUUUUGGUUCAGGACCCCGGUGCAUCCACUAUCAUUUCUUUCGGUGAUCAUAGGGCUGAUUUAAUUCUUUAUGGCAAAAUUAUCAUUCUUUCCAGGGUUCCGGUUUCAUCCAACAGAUGCAGAAUUGGUUUGUUUCUACUUGAGAAGAAAGAUCUGUCAGAAGCUGAUUAACCCUGAUGUUAUUUCAGAGCUUGACAUCUACAAGUUUGCCCCUUGGGAUCUUCCAGGGCAAUCUUGUCUACAGAGUAAAGAUCUUGAGUGGUACUUUUAUUGCCCUCGAGAUAGGAAAUAUGCAAAUGGUUCUAGAACAAACAGAGCCACUGAAAUUGGCUAUUGGAAGACCACAGGAAAAGACAGACCUGUCUACAAUCAUUCUCAGCUUGUGGGGAUGAAAAAGACUUUAGUUUUCCACGUUGGAAGGGCUCCAAAUGGUGAUAGAACUAACUGGGUAAUGCAUGAAUAUAGACUGGAAGAUAAAAAUCUGGUUGAAUCUGGGAUUGCGCAGGAUUCAUUUGUGCUUUCUAAGAUCUUUGAAAAAAGUGGGCCAGGACCAAAAAAUGGUGAGCAAUACGGUGCCCCUUUUAGAGAAGAAGAAUGGAAUGACGAUCUUGUGGAAAAUCUCACAGUUCCUCAGUCAUUGGAUGAUUGUAAUCUGCCCCAAAACAAGGUCGCUGAAAAUCCAAAUUCCUGUUCAGUGAACGCUUCCGAUUUCCCAUUGGAGGGUUUAAUCUCUGAUGCAUCUGUCACUCCGGCUACAUCCCAUGCGAAUCUACCCUUAGAGUAUGAUGAUAUUGAUAGAAUUCUUCUACAACUUGCUGCUGAAGGUGAGAAUUUGGCUGCAUCUGAUCACUUUGAUGAGCAGCCUUCUUCUAAAGGAAAUGGGAGUGGAUGUAGUGAGGUCCAUCACAUGAAUCUGAUGGAUGGGGUCCAAAGUUCUCAUGGCACAGGUGAUGUUUCAGAUAUCUAUUCCGGUUUGGAAGACAUAACCAAUGAGGUGAAGCCAGGGGAUUUUUGUUCAGUUGACAAGUUCGUUUUCCCAAGCGGCAGUCCGUGGCUUGAUAAACUUUUCUUGGAGGGAACAUAUCUAGAAUUAAAUGAUAUCCUAGGUCCAGGGCAUGUGAAUUCAUCUCUACUACAAAGACCUGAAAAUUCAUGCAUGUCUGAUGUUGAUCAAGACCCUCUCGGUUCGUUUGCUGAUCAGAAUAACGUGCCCAUGCCUCUACCGACAAACAAUGAUAAGUCUACUGGUUCCAGUAUCAACAGUUUGUGCAUGAAUCCGUUGGGAGAGGUUGGCAGCGUUGGAAUACCCUCAGAAGAGGGACAUUAUCUAGGAAAUAGGGGUCCAUUUGCAUCAACACAACAGGUCUCGGAAAAGGAAAGCACAUCUUCGUUUGUUACAGCGGGUGAGGGGCAUUCAAAAGGGGAUAAUUUUAAUUAUCCAUGUAGCAAUGGGGGGUCUUUUCUGAAACUCCAGAGCUUACUGGAUUGUUUUCCUGCUCGUCCUGCUUCCGCUGCCGAAUAUCCGCUUCUUCUCAAUGAAGGGAAAACCAUGGGUAGUUCCUCAGCGCACUGCAGUUCUGUAAAUGCCUUGUCUGCAGUAAUAGUGAACUCCAUUGGCAUGGAGGAGCUGUUCUCACACUGCUACGAUAUGGAAAAAGGCAAGAAGCUGGACGACAACACAGGGAAGAAAAAUGUAGUAAGGGCAGGCUACUCAUGGAGGGGGUUCUCUUUUCUGGCUUUUCUUGGUGCAGUCUCUUUGUUGAUAUGGGUUUCGCUUUUCAUCCUUGGAUUCAAGAUCUUCGGGUGUGCCUGGAAACUGAUCCUUUCUUAGAAGGAGCAAUCUUCAUAUACAGACCGAUUUGGCAGUUUUGUGAGCUCUUCCCUUGGCCAAAUGGGUGUUCUUUUUUUGGUUGGUCUCCGUUUAGUAUAUGGUCGUGAUGUCUGCUUUUGCCUUUUUGUAAAUCCUGUUAUACUUUGUUACCUGUCGUCUGCCGCUGUAUGUAGCUGUAUAUGUUUAUUGAAGUGUAUUAUGGAAAGUAGUACCUAGUACCGUAGUCACUAUUUUCA